AUGAGCGGCCGAAGUAGGGGCAGAAAGUCCUCCCGCGCCAAAAGCCGAGGCAAAGGCCGCGCUAAAGGCCGAGUCCGCGCUGCUCCUGACGACGCCCCGCGCGACCCGGACCCUCCACAGUGCCAGAGGCUCGGGGAGGAGACCAAGACGGCACAGGUGCAGGCUGGCGCGGGUUGGGGUGGCCUGGAAACCGCUGCCCCCGCGCUGCCCCGCCGGCCCGGGGAGGAGGGCGCCUGCCGGCUCCCCCUGGACUGCGGCCUCGCGCUCGGGGCCUGGGCUGCGGGGGAUCGCGGGCAGGCCACAGCCAGGCCCGGCCCGGGGAAGGCCACAUCCCUCUCGGAGCAUCUGGCCGCAGACACAGUCUUCGUGGGAACCGUGGGAAGCGUGGGAAGGCCGAAAAAUGGCCCCCGCGUUGGAAACCGGCAUGGCCCUGCUGGGAAGAAGGCCCCAGCUACCUGUAGCGCGGUGGGGAAGGGGUCUCCGGCCGUGGCCGGUGGGAAGCCCAAGAAAGGGACCACUGGGGAGUCUGCCUCUGUUCCAGUGGUAGAGGAAAACAAGAUAGAGAAAGAUGCAGGGUCAGGGCCCCCGGCGACAGAUGGCAGCAUGGAUACACUGGAGAACGUGCAGCUAAAGCUGGAGACCAUGAACGCCCAGGUGGACAGGGCCUACCUGCGGCUCUCUCGCAAGUUUGGGCAGUUGCGGCUGCACCACUUAGAGCGCAGAAACCUCCUCAUCCAGAAUAUCCCGGGCUUUUGAGGGCAGGCUUUUCAGAACCACCCCCAGCUCUCAUCCUUUCUGAACAACCAAGAUAAAGAGGUACUCAGCUACUUGAACAGCUUGGAGGUGGAAGAGCUUGGCCUCGCCAGACUGGGCUACAAAAUCAAGUUCUACUUUGGGCGCAACCCCUAGUUCCAAAAUAAGGUGCUCAUCAAGGAAUAUAGGUGUAGUCCUUCCGGUCAGGUGGUGUCUCAGUCUACUCCAAUCCAGUGGCUCCCAGGGCAUGAUCUCCAGUCCCUAAGCCAGGGGAACCCAGACAGCAGCCGGAGCUUCUUUGGGUGGUUUUCCAACCACAGCUCCAUUGAGUCUGACAAGAUUGUGGAGAUCAUCAACGAGGAGUUGCGGCCCAAUCCCCUGCAGUACUACCUUAUGAGUGAAGGGGCCCGUGCAGAGAAAGGAAAGGAGGGCAGGCCGGGUCCAGCAAGGCAGCUAGUGGAGACCCCACAGCCUGUGGUAAACAAGUCCAACUGA